AUGAUUUAUGGGAGUCGGUGGUUGUCUGAAAUGCAAAUUUUGAAGGCGAAAAACAGACGCGUCCAGAAGACCCGCGUUUUGGCCAUUUGCUCCGGGCUAAGAAUCCAAUUUGCUGCUGCAUUAGCUACGCUUGCCUCCAUGGUUGAUGCCAGCCCAGACAUGGUCAUCAAACCCUUGAAUAUUCAGAUCCAUCAACAGCCAGCCUAUUACUGCAAUCUUACACUUGUAGAUGGAAAGCCUUUAUUUUGGGAUAUUCAGACAUGGUUGGAAAAGGAAGAAUACCUUGAGGGUGCCUCUAAAUCUGACAAGAGGACUCUCCAGGAGUUAUCAAAAUGUUACCUCUACAAGGAUGGUAUUUUGUACAAAUGGACAUGGAAUCAAGCACAUCUCAGAUGCGUAACUGAAGAAGAAGCUUAG